CAAUAGGUGUGACCUAGAAUAAUCAUCGGUUGGAAUUAUGCAAUCUACCAUAAAACUACUAGGUCAAACUGCAGUGAGAAAACUAACUACUACAAAAGCUAAUAUGGCCACAUCUUCCUUCUCCAAUAAGUACAAAUUUGAGACAUUAUUGGUGUCCACUCCCAGAGAAUAUGUAUAUCAUGUGGAACUUAACAGACCCCAGCAAUUUAACACAAUGAACAGUGCCUUCUGGAGGGAAAUGGUGGAGUGCUUCCAAGCCAUCAGUGAAGACAGUGACUGUAGGGUUGUAGUCUUGUCUGCCAAUGGUAAACACUUCACAGCAGGUCUUGAUUUGACUGACAUGGGUCCAUUGAUGGAAACAGUCUUGGGUAAUGGUGAUGUUGCGAGGAAGUUCCGAACUCUUCAGCAGUUCAUUAAAAGCUAUCAGUUGUCUUUCACAUCAGUCGAGCAGUGCAACAAGCCUGUAAUUGCUGCUGUGCAUGGAGGUUGCAUUGGUGGAGGUGUAGACUUGAUCACUGCUGCUGAUAUUCGUUUUUGUACCCAAGAUGCUUUCUUCCAAAUUAAGGAAGUAGAUAUUGGUAUUGUAUUACUAUUUCACUAAUCAUGGAUAUACUGUUGUUAAUCAAUGAUUGUUUCAAUUUUCGGGCUUGCGGCUGAUGUGGGAACUCUGCAACGCUUACCGAAAGUGAUUGGUUCAGAUAGCCUGGUCCGUGAAUUAGCUUAUACGGCGCGCAAAAUGUUCGCUGAUGAAGCAGCUCAGGCUGGCCUAGUGAGCCGAGUGCUGUCCGAUAAAGAAAUUAUGCUAAAAGUAGCUUUGGAGAUAGCCAGUGCUAUUGCGGAUAAAUCACCGGUAGCUGUUCAAGGAAGCAAACAUAACCUAAAUUACGCACGGGAUCAUUCAAUCGAAGAAGGACUAAAUUAUAUGGUGAUAUGGAAUGCUGCUAUGUUGCAAUCAGAAGAUUUACGUGUUGCCGCCAUGGCUUCUAUGGAUCGUAAAGGUCCCCCUCCAUCUUUUUCAAAGCUUUAAAGGGCUGCUAUAAAAUGAACUGCAUCUCCUGGUGAUUGAAAUUCUAGAAUGAUGAAAAUAACAUAGAGUUCGAAAUGCCUAA